AUGGAGGACUUGGAAGAAGAAAUCCCCACAUGUGUGAAGGAUGAAGAUUGUUUUGAGGAUAUUCAAGAUGUGUAUGAUCAAUUGUUUGUAGAAUUCCUCAAACAACAAAAGAAUGUUCUUGCAUUGAAUGAGAAAGUGAAUUCAAGUGAAGAAGAUAGAAAAGCACUUCAUGUGGACUUGGUUAAGUCCAAAGCUCUUCUUGAUCAAGUGAGCUUCCUUAAGAGAGAGUGUCAUGAGAUUGUUNAUGAGAAAGUGAAUUCAAGUGAAGAAGAUAGAAAAGCACUUCAUGUGGACUUGGUUAAAUCCAAAGCUCUUCUUGAUCAAGUGAGCUUCCUUAAGAGAGAGUGUCAUGAGAUUGUUAAGUCCAAGAAGAAUCUUGAGUCAAAUUGUGCCAAACUCGAUAAAGAUCUUCAUGAAUCAAAUGAACUCUCAAAAAGAAUCCCUCAAAGCAAUGAAAAGUUUCAUAGGAUGUUAUCCAUGGGAAAAAAGUGUGGGUGA